UUGCUCAGUUAAAACUGUAGAAAACAAUCCUUCGGUGAGUAAACUUUUUUUAAUGAUAUAUUACUAGAUAGGUAUUCUUGUAAUCUUGUUCGGUAAGAUCUACCUUAUACUUAUUAUGUUGUGUAUAAAUUAUUAUUAAUUAGUUAAUGUUUUUACUACCUAUUUUAAUAUUAAACAUUUAUUAUGAUUGUUCAGAUGUAUUCAACUGCUAAAAAUCAAACCGAGCAAAGUAGUGUAUCCUGUUCGUUUUCGUUACCUGAGGUUGAGGAACAUAUUGCUGCAGAAAAAAUAUAUUCAUUUGUGAUUCCCAAAAAAAGUUCUAUUAAUCAAAAAAUGGAUUUUAUGAAACAACAUCCUUGUCAACCAACUGUACUGCAUAAUGUUUCAUGGUCUCUUUUCAAACUUUAUAAUAGAGAAGAUCAGAGAGGUAAACCCAUUUUGCGAAAAUGGUUGACAUUACAAUGUGUUAAAAAUAAUGAGGUUAAAGCCUUGUAUUGCAGUAUAUGUAUUGCUUUCUCUACAUCAUCAACCAAUUUUUCUACUGGCUGCACAAAUUUCAGAAAUAUUUAUGCAGCUGUAGAAUCUCAUGAAAUUAGCAAAGUACAUAUUUGUGCUGUUGAAAGUUAUGUCAAAGCUUCAAGUAAUGAUAGUAUUGAAUAUUUGAUCAACCGUAAUGUGAUGAAUAUGAAAAAAAAAACAAGUCGAAGAAAGAAUUCAUGUAUUAAAACAAGUAUUUGAAAUAAUAAAAUUUUUGGGUAAGCAAAAUUUGCCUUAUCGUGGAACUGGUGACACAGAAGGGCUGUACAAGAUGA